CACACACACACACACACACACACUGCUGCUGCUCACUCGUUGAUGUGUGUAUUUUAUCUUUAAUUAUCUCUCCGGUAUGCGCGCGCCAAGGGACGCUUCUCCACCAGGAAGUGAAUGAGAUUAUCAGCAUGCGCAGAAGUGGAAUAAACAAACCCGACGCGCAUCCAGCUGCUGCUAGCGAGCUAGGUAGGCUAGCCGCUGUAGCUAACCGUAGCUAGCCAGUCGACCGAGACGGUGGACGCCGCUGGUUCUUCACCUGUACCUGGCUGCCACGGCCGGUUAGUCACCUGCUUUAUUGUGUAACGUAAAGGGACAAAAUGGAGCUGUUCCAAGCCAAAGACGACUACAUCCUCCAGAGCGGGGACCGAGCUCUGUGGUGCAGCCGAAAAGACGGGACCAUGACGGUCAGACCUGCGACAGACCUGUUGUUGGCUUGGAACCCAGUGUGUUUGGGUUUGGUAGAAGGUGUGAUUGGAAAGAUACAGCUUCACACAGAUCUUCCUCUGGGCCUCGUAUUAAUCCGCCAGAAAGCACUCGUGGGCCAUUUACCAGGCAAUCACAAAGUCUACAAGAUCACCAAGAUAGCUGUCAUUCCUCUGUCUGACGAAGAGCCUCAGGAGCUCGAGCUGGAGCUUUGCAAGAAGCAUCACUUUGGAAUCGACAAACCAGAGAAACUGGCCCAGUCUCCCGAUGAGUCAAAGUUCUUGAUGAAAACUUUCAGCCAGAUCAAGUCUAACGUGGGUGUGCCCAUCAAGAAAAAGUAUUCCCCUGCCUUCCAGGUCAAGGAAAACAAAGAGAAGGAACGUCUGGAGAGGCGGCUGCUGGAUGAGCUGUAUAAGGUAUUCAUGGACUCGGACUCCUUCUACUACAGCAUGACCUACGACCUGACGAACAGUGUGCAGCGUCAGGGAGACUCGGAUAAAUCCAGUUUACCGCUAUGGAAACAGGUGGAUGACCGUUUCUUCUGGAAUAAACACAUGAUCCAAGACCUUAUUGACCUGCAGGUGCCAGAGGUGGACUUCUGGGUGAUCCCAAUCAUCCAGGGGUUUGUACAGGUGGAGGAACUGGUGGUGAACUACAACGAGACAUCCGACGAGGAAAGGAGCAGCCCUGAGACCCCACCACAGGAGGUCACCUGUGUUGAUGACAUCCAUCCCCGUUUCACCGUGGCCCUGAUCUCCAGACGUAGCCGCCACCGCGCAGGGAUGCGGUACAAACGCAGAGGAGUGGAUACCGAUGGCCAUGUGGCUAACUAUGUGGAGACAGAGCAGUUGAUCCAUGUGCACAGCCACACUCUGUCCUUUGUGCAGACCCGUGGCUCUGUGCCUGUCUUCUGGAGCCAGGCGGGGUACCGUUACAAUCCCCGGCCACGCUUAGAGAAAGGAGAAAAGGAGACCAUGUCUUACUUUUCUGCUCACUUUGAAGAACAGCUGAAACUCUACAAGACACAGGUCAUCAUUAACUUAGUGGAUCAAGGUGGACGAGAGAAGAUCAUUGGCGACGCGUAUCUGAAGCAGGUCUUGCUCUACAACAACCCAAAUCUCACAUAUGUUUCAUUUGACUUCCACGAACACUGCCGAGGUAUGAAGUUCGAGAAUGUACAAAUACUGACAGACGCCAUCUCUGACAUCAUCACUGACAUGAAGUGGGCCUGGGUGGAUCAGGCCGGAGUUAUCUGCAAGCAGGAGGGCAUCUUCAGAGUCAACUGUAUGGACUGUCUUGACAGGACCAACGUGGUGCAGGCUGCUAUUGCUCGGGUGGUGAUGGAGCAACAGCUGAAGAAACUGGGUGUGAUGCCUCCAGAGCAGCCUCUGCCCCUCAAAUGCUACAGGAUUUAUCAGAUCAUGUGGGCCAACAAUGGAGACACCAUCAGCAGACAGUACGCAGGCACAGCAGCGCUCAAGGGAGAUUUCACCAGGACGGGGGAGAGGAGACUGGCUGGUGUGAUGAAGGAUGGCGUGAACUCAGCCAACCGCUACUAUCUGAACCGCUUUAGGGAUGCUUACAGACAAUCAGUCAUUGACCUAAUGAUGGGCCUGCCUGUGACGGAGGACCUCUACUCCAUCUUCAGUAAGGAGAAGGAGCAUGAAGAGAAAGAGAAGGAGAGCCAGAGGGGAGCACAGGAGCAGGUCAGCCUCCUGCUGCAAACCUACAUGCAGCUUUUGCUGCCUGAUGACGAGAAGUUUCACGGAGGUUGGGCCCUCAUCAAUUGUGACAUGAGCCUCGUUGAUGCAAACAACAAAGACGUGGAUGUGCUUCUGCUUCUGUCUGACAAAGCUUAUUACAUUGCUUACUAUGACGAAGAAGCAGAUAAAGUCAACCAGUACCAGCGCCUCAAUUUAGAGGGUUUGGAAAAGAUCGAAAUCGGUCCAGAGCCGACGCUGUUUGGGAAGCCAAAGUUCUGCUGCAUGCGUUUGCAUUACAGGAAUGAAGAGACGAGUGGAUACUUUCACACGCUCAGAGCAGCAACACGAAAUCCUGAAGAUGACGGAAAAGACACAUUACAAUGCAUAGCUGAGAUGCUUCGCAUAACUAAACAGGCUACAGGACUGGAUCUGCUUGUAGUUGAAAAGAAGCUGGAGAGGCGGCAGAGUAAACCUCAUGAGGAUAUAAUGGGCAUCCAGAACAAACCUGCUGACCAGGGCCAGGGGAGCUCUGGUCUGGCGCAGGGCAAAAGUUUCCUCCUCAACAAAUUCUCCUCUCUCAAUCAGAAAGUGAAACAGACCAAGACGAACGUGAACAUCGGCCCCUUCAAGCCCCUCGGGAAGCUGGGUAACUUCUCUAAGCCUGAUGUAAAAGUCAAUUUCCUGAAGCCAACUAUGCAUGUCAACCUGUGGAAGUCGGACAGCAGCUUGGAAACGUCCGAUAACAACCCGGGAACGGGAGUUCUAAAAGAUAUUGGUGACGUGCACUCUGAAAUCUCUGACGACUCUGACUCCUAUAAUUCUGACCCAGAGCACCCGUGUUCUGGGUCUUUAGAAAACGUGGACUAUGUGCUGCCCAGCUGCGGCAUUGUAGCAUCAAACCCACGACUGGGCAGCCGCUCCCAGUCGAUUGGUAGCGUGGAGCUAAAUAUCCCCUCUGUUAUUCGGGUCACUGGGUGUGACGGGAAGCAGGAAAGUCCCUCUCAAGUCAAUGAUGACAAGUCCCCCGGGGCCGCCUCGGUGGCUGAAGAAGCCAUCCUGAUUGACUUUGGUACUCCUAUUGAUGCCUACUGCCACCAGUUUGUCCAGGAUGCACAGACCAAACCCGUUGAGGUGUUUGGAGAGCAGCCGCCUGCUGCCGUCCCCCCACUCAAUCCCGUCGUGCCUGUGCAGAACAAGACCCCAGCAGACUCAGACAAGCAGCCAAGCUCCAAUCCGCAGCAUCAGGAGGAGGACGAGGAGGAGGAGGAGCCCCAGCUCCCCAGACCGUCCCAGCUAGACGUUGAGUCCACUACCUCCAGUUCCAACCUCCUCACCGUCCAGAAGCCCAGCUCCGCGGCCUCAGGAGGCUCUCAGAGGAGUCUGGGUUCACAGAUUGAAGGCAGCCUCGGCCCGUCACCUGCCGACAGCAACGGCAGCCGAGUGGUGUCCCCCUUUGCCAAGAUCAGGAGCUCCAUGGUCCAGGUGGCCAGCUUCACCCAGGCGGGCCUCACCCAGGGCAUCAACUUUGCUGUGGCGAAGGUACAGAAGAGCCCGGAGCCAGAUACUGUUAACGAAGCCCAAGAGAACGAGCUGAAGGCAAUGUUUACACAGUGCCAGACCAGGAUCAUUCAGAUCUAGUGCUUUCCUUGUAGCAGGAUUUUGUAGUCGUACAUCGUGUAGAAACUUCCUGUAUGGUAGCAGUAGCAGCAGCUUGCACAUAGCGUCACUACUCGGCCAAGAAACGCGCUCUUAAAUUUCCCCGAUUAGUUAAGGCUGCCCACGUUAAUGAUGACUCUUGUACAGAACUUACAGUUAAGCCCAACAUGACAGUGACCAUGUUUACAUGCACAUAACCAUGGAUUCCCUUAGAGACAUCCAACUCACAUCCCUUUUGCCAUGCAACCUUGCACGCUGAUAGAAAUGUCAGUCCUCUCCUUUUAUGGUUUAAUAUUUCCUCACUAUUGAAAUUGCAAUAAUGGCGGUACCGUAACAUUUCUGAUACUUAUGUCUCAAGAGUAGUGGUAUAAAAAUAGGAAAUGUUCAAGUAUUUGAGGAGUCAGUUAUAAUCCCCAACUGUUCUCUGUUGAACAUUUGAUUGAAAUGAGUGUAUGUACUUUAAAGUCUUAAAUGACUCCAGAAAUAAUACUGCUAUCUGUUAAAUCGUUCUUAAAGUACAGUUUUCUUGUCAGAUUUAAAGGAUAUUCUCAUUAUAAUUACCUUUACAGAUACAUAACUAAGCUAUUUAAGUUUUUAAGACGUUUAAACUCACGUACUUCCAGCGUGAUAUGCAGAGUAUUUGUGCAUGUAAACAUGUCACUAUCUUUAGUUUAAACAAAAAAUAAGAAAAGAGACGUUAUUUUUACCCACAAUGCUUGCAUGUGAGGUUAACGAUAACAGCUGAUAUCGACAAGACAGGUAAACAUUAGCUGCAUGUUGAAAGACCAACUCUGACUUUAUCAUGUACUGUAUGUCAUCAUGUAUACGUGCGGGUCACUCGUUGGCGUUUUGUGAUAUAGACCUCGUAAUAACCUUCAAUUUGUAACAGUUGUUGUAGAAUCCAACCAAAUAUCUUUUGUGAUUCCCCCUCGAAAGGGACAAGUCCAUGUUAACUAUUACCCUUUGUAUAGCUGUCAGAAAACUAGCCAGACGACAUACCGUACGUAGUUAUAUCCUAUGUAAUAUCAAUGUUAAGUGUAACUUAGAAGAUAUGCCGUUAAUGAAACAAAGACUACACGAGACUUUUAGUAAGAGUAUCCCCCGGUUGUCGAUAUGUACAGUGAGUAUUGUAAUGUUUAUCCGUUCCCUGAGUAGAGCUUUCCCCUUAAGCUUUUUUGUAUUGAUGGUAGGGUGGCAGCUCCAUAUGUUCAAGAGAGGUAUAAGCAUUAUAUUUUGAAAAAGAACACCCAGUACUGUCAUUGCUAAUCAUGAAUAACCAGAAAACUACUGGUUGGAGUUGUUUUUUUUGAUAGAUAUUAUGUACUGAAAUAACUAUUCUGCUAACGGUCGUAAUAAUUAACUAAUGAGGGUUUUGUUUGAGUCCUCCCAGCCAGCGUUGUACAGUGACGUUGCAUGUUUGACAAAGACAGGAGAGUAGCAUAUAGUAGGUAUAUAUGCAAUUGCACCCACCCAAUUAUUAGAAACACUGACGCUUUAUGCACUCCCCAAACUGAAAGCAUAUUUGCCUUAACAGGGAAUUGAAGUGGGAUUAUGUAUAUCAGGUAUUUAUGGCAAAAUCUACCUUUUUAAGUCCAUUAUAACAUGUUACAUUUGGUGUACUGUAUAAAAGAUCAUAUUCAGGGUUACUGUACGUCAUCGAGCUCUAUCUUGGGAUAUUUCAUCGACUGGCACAUACACUCUCGAUGGAAAUGAGCAGGUUUGUGUGUGUGUGUGGUGUGUUGGCUGUGUGUGUGCGCGCGUGUGUGUGUGCUGUACAGUAUGUGAGUGUGUGUCUGCACAUCCCUGCUGCUGCUUGGUGUUUAGGACUCUAGAUAUAUUUAUGUGCUAUGAAGCCGUAAACAUUAUAUUGAAAAAAAAUUUUUAAUGACCUCAAGAAGUGAGGUUUUGCCUCAUUAGUCACUCGUUAAACUUGACCACUGUUAUUCAGUGUAAAUCUCCUGACCAUGUUACAGUCCUCCGGAAGAAAUAAAGAGCCAAGGCCACUUCAUCCCACUGCUGUGUGUCGUUAGGACAAAUAAUAAUAAUAAUCUGGUUUGCUUCGAGCUGAAAUAUCCCAAGAUAAACUGUCACAUUUCAUUUUUUAGUUACAUUUGCCUGUUUUCUUUCUUCAGCUUGCUCACCAGCAGAUACGAUGUGGGAUCCGUGUAUAUUUUAUCUGACUAUAAUUGUGUUAAGUGAGACUGUGGGCUGCUUUGCGGGUGCUACAUUAUAUAGUCACUGAACCUGCUGAUAGCGUGUGGCGCUGCCAAAAGCUUUACGGUAAUAGCUGCAAUGCAAAGUUUUAAUGCAGACGGUAAAAAAGGUGGUUGUUGUUUUGUUUUUUGUUUUUAAACUUCCUUCAGGAUUGCAAACACUGGAGCAGUUCUCACGCAGAGCAUAAACUUUAAUUCUGUCCUCAACUGGCUGUAUGAAGCUGAAAGGAACAGUAAUCCUCAACAUUCCUGAUAGACCACAACGCUAAAGUGUUGGUGUCUGGUUUUUAUAUGCAAAAGCUGGCAGUUAUGUUUGAUCCUCUUAUUUGCUGGGUGAGAUUUUUUUUCUCCUGUCCCUUUUUGUUUACAGCAAGUGCUUUUUGCAACCACUUCUUUUCAUUUGUUUUCUGUGGUUGUCCUCCCGCCUCCUCCUGCCCGCCCACCUCCCUUCCUCCCAUUAGGACCCUAGACCAUAACACAUUAUUAUGCGACUAGAGGUCUUAAAGCUUUUGAUUUGCACUGUUCAAGCACAUUUUCUAGCCAUUCCAUCUGAAUGUUUGUGGUCAUAUCUCUCCUCUUUACCAACUGUCAUUGUUUUCCACAGUGUACUGAGAUUGUAUUGUAUAUUAAAGUAUCCUAUUUAUUCUUA